UGAUUUUGAUUUGAAAAAAUAAAUAAAGAUUCUUUGAAAAUAAUCGAUUGAUUUGAGCUAAAUGAAUUGAAUGAUAAUUUCAAACAAAAUGAAUUUACAAAAUAAUGAUGACGACCACCACCAACAGCAGCAAGAACAAUGUCAAAAUGAUGUUCAACAACCGAAUAAUGAUAAUGACAAAAUUUCAAUAACAACGAUAACAACAACAACAACCACAACAGGCAUAACAACGACAACAAAUUCAGAAAACUAUGAUGAUGAAUCUAUGAUGAAUACAAAUCAUCAUUCACAACAACAACAACAACAACAAGAAAAAAGAUUCGUGCUGUCGCCAUCCGUUUCAUCGAUUUCAAAUGAACAAAUCGAUAAUGAAAAUAAUAACAAAAUUCAAUCAUCAUCAUCAACAGCAUUAGUCAUACGAAAUAAUAAUGAUCAGAAUGAAACCGUUUCUAUAACCGAUUUGAAUGACAUCGAUGAUAUUCAACAAAAUGAACAACAACAGCAGAAAAUUGAAUUUUGUUUUCCUAAUGAAAAUCACCUUGUUUAUGAUCGAUUUGAAAAAAUCGAUGACAUUCAUCCACAAUCAUUGCAGUUAACAACAAAAAAACUGUCAAAAAAAGAGGAAAAGAAAAGAUUAAAACGUCUUGAAAGACGACAACAACAACGGCGACGAACAUAUUGGAAUUAUAUACCGAUAGAUAUUUUAGAAGAAAUUUUUAAAUUAUUAUCGAUCAAAGAAAGACAUUUAGCAUCACAAGUAUGUCCACAUUGGUAUGAAUGUUUUUAUUCACCAACAAUAUGGACAAUAUUGAUUAUAACAGAUAAAUCAUUUACUAAACGUAAAUUCAAUUAUUAUUUAGGAUAUCAACGUAUGAUUGAUCCAUUUAAAACACAAGUAAGAGAAAAUUAUGUGAUUAUGGUUAUGAUUCUAACCACACAAAUGAUUUUUUUCCAACUAAAAUUUUUUUUGUUUGUGCAGACAUUUCUAUGGAAAUUCGGUACAAACAUACGUCGUUUAAUUAUUAAACCGAUGAGUAAUUUUUUCAAUUUAUAUGAAUUUAUGAAAAUAUUAUCACAAUUUGCUGAACAUUAUCAACCGAAUCGUUUACGUCAUCUAAAUAGUUUAGAUUUUACAUUUGGUUGUCGUUCAACAAAUCUAUCAAUUAAUGAUGGAUUUGAUCAAAAUCAUCGUCGUUUAUCAACCGGGGAUAUACCAAAUGAUGAUAUUGAAGUUAUUGGUACUGGUGGAAAAUUAUUAGAAGCAUUAAAAGAAUUAAUGUAUUAUCUCAUUGGAUUAAAACAUUUAGCAUUACGAGAUUUAUUAUUAAAUCCAGAUGAAGCACGUUAUCUAUUGGAUAAUGUAACACAAAAUUGUUUUGAACAAUUACGUACAUUAACAUUAAUCAAUUGUUGUAAAAAUUCAUUUACAUUUUUACAUGUUGGUAUAUUUAUUAAUCUGGAAAUUUUGGUUAUUUCAUGUCAACAUUUGGAUGAUGAUGUUCUUAUGCUAUUAGCAAUGAAUCAAUCAUUAAAUCAUUUAUAUAUUGUACAAACUGAACUGACACGAUCACAAGGUCCAUUAUCAUUUGGUUUAUGGAAAAAAUUUUCAAAAAUUAAUCAACAUAUUCAAAUACAUUUGGUAAUGGUAAAUCGAACAACAAGCCGUCGUGGUCAGAAUCCAUUAGCAUAUGAAUUAUCAUUACAACCAACUCGUGUUACAUCGAUUAUAUAUGAUGCACCGAUUAUUAGACCUAGCUGUGCACGAUUAAUAGAUAUUGGACAAUUAUAUGGCCAAAGUUUAGAAUGUUUAGCAUUUUAUCAUAUACCAAAAUAUCCAAUACAUCGAUCAUAUAUGGAUCGUGUUGAUACAUUUCUAAUUUAUAUCAGUCAACAAUGUUCAAGAUUACGAACUAUAAUCAUAAAUGAUCUAAUAUCAACAGCAACAUUAUUAUUAAUUGUAACAUAUGCAAGAAAUAUAACUAAACUUUAUGUACGACGAAAUGCUAUACGUAAACGUUUUGAUUGUUUAAUCAAUCCAUCAUGGCGUGAAUCAUUUAUACAAUGGUUAAGGAAAACAUCACGUUCAUAUGAACAAACAUUUAUGGAAAUUUCACGAAUGUUAGGAUAUAAAUGGAUACCAUUAUCGGAUGAUCAAUUCAAACGAUUACGUCCUGAUGUUUGUCUUUGAUCGAUCAAUUGAACAUUUUGUUCAUAGAGAAAAAUUCUUUUUCCAUUCUCUUUCUCAGAAAAAAAAACUUAUAAUGUGAUACUGUAAAAAUUAUUAUCAUUCAAAACUAAUAAUUUUGAUUC